UCCGUACUUGAGCACAGGUAAAGCGUACCUGGGAGCCAGAAAAGAGGGGAGGGCUGUGGACCUAUUUCGUAGCUUUCAGCUCCAGUCGGGCCCAGUUGACAAAAGUAGCUCUUUCCGUACCUUUAACCCAGAUUGUGAAGAAGACAUAAUUGUUUGGGUAAUAAUUGUGAUGGCAGCGAGCGUAGGACUGGCCAUGAAUCCGCCGCAUACGACCGACGAAAGGGCGGUUUUCACGCAGCUGAAGCCCGUGAGGAUGUCGGGAGCCGACGGCGCGGAGGACGCGUCUGUGUUCGAGGACGUCAAACCCGGGGUGAGAGUCUCUGCCGGCCCGCCGAGCACAGCCGGGUCCUCGACUCGACUAGAGUUGGACAAAUACCUCCCCCAGGUCAUUAGUCCUCUCUUGAGUUCCUCGACUGACACUACUGACAAAAAGUACAGACGAGAGAGUGCCUCUGUAGUGGACGAGUACUUCUCGGAGGACAAACCUUCCACCCCUUACAGCCUCAACAUCAACGUCAUCCUUCCCAGCACCACCCACCUCCGCACAGGCCUCUACAGGCCCAACACCAAGACCCUCACGCCGCAGCAGAUCAAGACAGAACCCGGGCUGGAGGUGCCAUGCUCCAUUCCCACCACCACGACCCAGGCCCUGCCAGACUUCACCUCUGUCUUCAGCGUGCCGCCUGUGGUCAACAGUGUUUUCAUCAAACCAGACAUGAGCUCUGAAGGAGUGGUUAACGUGGCCGUCGGAUCUCAGCAGCAACCAAAUUUGGACACAGAGCUUCACAUCGGACCCCCAGCCCCCCAGCCACAGGUCUACCACAUGCCCAUCACCAGCUGUGCUGACCUUACCAUGACUCUGUCACACACCAGCCCAUCGACGCACGGCUCCCCAAACAGCAGGACCAUGCUGAACCUCGGAGGCGUCGCAUUGCCGACAACCAACGGCAACUACAUGAUGGCAGAACACCAACUGCUGCAGCACCAUGGCUACUACCAGGCCACUCCCAAUUCAUCCCAGCACACAGCGCCCCACAGCCUGCCGCCCUCACCCCCAAACUCCCAGCCAGGGAGCCCAGAUGGCCAGGCGGAGCUGCUCAGCUUAGCGUCCCAACCUCCGCCUCCAUACCAGCAGCGUCUGGGAGGGAUAAAGGUAACGGGGUUGUCCCCUCAUGCCAUGCUGAUGACACAUGGCCAGGGCGUCCUGACGGGUCCCAAAUAUAACAGGCGGAACAACCCAGAGCUGGAGAAGAGGAGGAUCCACUUCUGUGACUAUCCAGGCUGCACCAAAGUUUACACAAAGAGCUCUCAUCUGAAGGCACACCAGAGGACACACACAGGUGAGAAGCCGUACCGCUGCACGUGGGAGAACUGCGACUGGCGUUUUGCCCGAUCGGACGAGCUCACCAGACACUACCGGAAACACACCGGGGCCAAACCCUUCAAGUGUGUGGCCUGCAGCCGCUGCUUCUCACGCUCCGACCACCUGGCCCUGCAUAUGAAGCGUCACCAGAACUAGCACAGACAUACCUGUGUAUAUAUAUAAACACACGCAUUCACACGCAACUAGAACAGUUAAUCAUGAACAGAUACAGAACCAGAAUCAUCCCCGGUGAAGUCCAGGUAUUUGCGGACUUAACGGCCGAGCGGGGCUUUGUAGCAUAAUUUAAGCAGAAUUUAAUGCCGUUUAGCUUCGGAGCUACUCCAGGUUCUCAUUUUCUCCUUUUCUGAGUGAUAAUCCUCAUCACCUGCCGUCAGCCGACAUGGUGUUUGCUUAGGUCUUAACAAAGGAGCUAAUGAUCUACCAGGGACUCCGAGGUUGAAUUAUGUGUUCUCAUCUCUGAACAGUUGAGGUAUGUUGAUUUUUAAACAUGCACUAGUUAUUAGCAUAUAGACACUCCACACAGCAUACACAUUCACACAGACUUAACGUGCAUUACUUUACUACAAAUAUCGCGGUCAUUAGAACUGUGGUGUCAGGCUCUUACUAAGGAUUUGGGACUCCUUCACAUUACAUCCUGGACACACUUUCUUUUUUUUUUUCUUCUUCUUCUUUAAGCAACAACAAAAUGAACAAUUUGUUUCCCUACAAAUCUGCUGCCAACUUCGUCGUCAUCAACACUGUCACUGUCUUUUAUCAUUUUGAGGUAUGAACAUUCAAGGAGAGGUGGAGAUGCCUUUUGUAAAUAUUUGUUUAUAUGUGCAUAUGUGUGUCUGAGAGUACAACGAAUGUAUUGAGAUUUAUA